AUGGCCUCCCCGGCAACGAAUGCGACUGCGGAGGCGAGUCGUCUCCAGGAACUGAAUGCCGACGUUCGUGAUCAGGACGACCUGGAACGAGACAUCACUCGACAAGCCGACAAGUUCCUCGCCGAGAAGGCCGAGGAAAAUGAUACUAAACGGCUAGAAAAAGCCUUGAUUGAUAAAGACAAGGUGGAUUCGCAGAUUCGGCAGGCCAAGAAUCGCCUGACCCGCCAUGUCGGCGUCGCCACUCGACACCGAGUUGAAAAUGAGCUGCGAAACCUUGAAGCCCGCCGCGUCGGGUUGGUUAAAGAUAUUAAAGAGAUCCAGAAACGGAUCGAUGACCGACGUGAAGCACAAGAGAAGGCAGAUGGGUCCCAUGGCCCAGGCCGGCUGCCCAACGAAUCGCGACGCGAUUAUCUUUUGCGGACUGGAAAGAUCACUCCCUUUGAGCUUAUGGCCACUGGGGGCCAAGACGGCCCUCUGGCAACUCUGCAUGAUGCUCUUGUCGAUGCAGAGGAUCAACAGAAAGAAGACGAGGAGCGCGAACAAGCGCAUCACGAUCCAAACGCCUCUCACCGAGUUCUCCACCGCCCCGGGUUCGACUUUGAUGAUGCCAGCGAAGACAGCCGGACUGAUAGCAGUAGCAAGCGUCGAAAGCUUGACACGAGUCCAAAAGUGAAAGAAAGCCCCCAAACGUCCAAGGCUCGUGCUCCUAGCUCCCCCGAUGUCGAUUCGUCCGCAAGUUAUGUUGCUUCGGAAGAUGGCAGCGCCGCAUCGGAAGAUGAAGAGUUUAUGCCCGAUACUGUCCCCGAAACAUCGAGUCGCAAGCGCAAACAGACCAAGGCGGAGUCCGAAUUCGAGGACCUCAGCGGCGUCGACGAUGGAAAUGAGAGGAUCUACCAGGCUCGCCUUCAGAAGUGGAUAAGUCGACGUAGUGCAGCUCGAAAGCGUUCCCAUGGCAGUGAGAUCAAGGAAGAGGACCCUGAUGAACCUGAAUGGCUCAAACCACAUCCGACAGAGCCCGACAUGGAUCUUCAAAAUGGUCUCCGGGCACCGGGAGAUAUCAGCAAGUACCUAUUUUCUUAUCAACGAACAGGCCUUCAGUGGCUCUGGGAACUGCACCAGCAGACAGUGGGGGGCAUCAUCGGAGACGAGAUGGGCCUUGGUAAAACAAUCCAGGCCAUCUCUUAUCUCGCCUCAUUGCACCACAGCAAUAUGUACACCAAACCUGCCAUAGUCGUAUGCCCCGCGACCCUCAUGAAGCAAUGGGUCAAUGAGUUCCACCGCUGGUGGCCCCCGUUCCGUGUGUCGAUUCUGCACUCCUCCGGCAGCGGAAUGAUGAACCUCGGUAAGGAGAGCAGCCGUGAGAAUGCCCUCACAUCUGAGAUGGUGGGCAACUCACAUUCUCGUUACCUCACUGCUGGCCAGAAAGCUGCGAAGCGAAUAAUCAAACGGGUCCAAGAGGAAGGGCACGUUCUCGUGACCACCUACUCUGGGCUUCAGUCCUAUGCAGAUGCGUUGGUUGACGUGGACUGGGGCUGUGCUAUCCUUGACGAAGGCCACAAAAUCCGCAACCCGGAUGCUGGUAUCACCUUCAGUUGCAAGGAGCUCCGGACCCCCCACCGCAUCAUUCUGUCCGGGACGCCCAUGCAGAAUAGCCUGAUUGACCUGUGGUCCCUUUUCGAUUUUGUGUUUCCCAUGCGCCUGGGAACUCUUGUCACCUUCAAAACCCAGUUCGAGAUUCCCAUUCGCCAGGGGGCUACGCCUCGGCCACCAAUCUCCAGGUCCAAACUGCCGCUAACUGAUCUUCCCCAAAAGAGCGAACAGGUCAUUUUCUGCAAGCUCACACAGGAGCAACGAAAAAUUUACAAGCGGUUCCUUGCAUCUAACGACAUGAUUUCUAUCAUGAAGGGGAAGCGGAAUUCCCUUUUUGGAAUUGACAUUCUCCGGAAGGUUUGCAACCACCCUGAUCUUGUUGACCGGGAAAUCCGAUCGCGAGAACCCGACUAUGGUGAGGCAUCGCGCUCGGGAAAGAUGCAGGUCUUGAAGGGUCUACUGGAGGUUUGGAAGGAUACGGGACAUAAAACUCUGCUCUUCGCCCAGACCCGCCAGAUGCUUGACAUCAUCCAGAAGUUCGUUGCGGAUCUCGGUGGAUUCAACUUUCGUCGAAUGGACGGAGGAACUCCGAUCAAAGAUCGGCAGACCAUGGUCGAUGAGUUCAACAAUGAUCCUGAGAUUCAUGUGUUCCUGCUCACCACUCGCGUCGGCGGUAUCGGUGUGAACUUGACCGGUGCUGAUCGAGUCAUUAUCUACGACCCUGAUUGGAAUCCGUCAACCGACAUGCAGGCCCGUGAACGGGCCUGGCGCCUGGGUCAAAAGCGCGAUGUGACCAUCUUUCGUCUCAUGAUGAAGGGGACAAUCGAGGAAAAGAUCUACCACCGGCAGAUUUUCAAGCAAUUCCUCACGAACAAGAUCACCCGUGACCCGCAGCAACGAGAGAGCUUUCAAGCCAGCGAUCUCUACGAUCUAUUCUCGCUCACAGAAGAGAACGAUAAGGAACUCGAAACGACCAAGCUUUUCAAAAAUGCCGACGUGACCUACCAGGAAGCAGAUACCACACCCAUUCCGAAACAUACCCGCCGAGCCAAACCCAACUCUCCCCUACCGAAAUCUGAGGAUGUUACCAGUGUUCAAGGAGUCGCCAAUAUUGAAGAGUUCAACACCGAAUCAGACGACAAGGACGAGAAUGGGAAUCCCAAGACUGCUGAGGACCGGAUCAUGCACGGCAUCUUUGCUCGAUCCGGCGUCCACACCGCUCUCCAGCACGACCAGAUCGUGAACGGUAAGCGCGUCGUCCGCGCAGAUCCCAAGAUGAUUGAAGCCGAAGCACGGCGCGUCGCCGCCGAAGCAGCGGAGGAGCUCCGCAAAGCCGAGAUCGAGGCUCGCUCCGUCCCCAUCGGACUUCCCACCUGGACUGGUCAGUUCGGCGUGGCAGGCCGAUCUGAUCACGCCGGCGCCAGCUCUGCCCGCCCUGCCGGGGCCGGACCGUCUUCUUUCAACCUUCUCUCCCGCCUCAACCCCGGCGCGUCAUUGCCGGUCUUACCCACAACCCCCACAGGCCCAUCGCGCAUGCCCCGCGGUAAGGAUUUCAUGCCGCUGAUCCGGGACUUCUUCCUCUCACGGCGUGGGCCGGUGUUCACACCGGUUAUUGUGGACCACUUCAAUCAUUACUGUACGAACGAGCAGCGCGUGGCGGAGUUCCAGGAGAUGCUGAAGACCGUUGCAACUCUGGACCGGGACCGUGGCGGCCGGGGUCGAUGGAUGCUGAAGCCGGAAUUUGCGAGGAAGAGUUAA